AUGGACACAAAAAAGUCAAAUGUCACGUUGGUCUCCUCCAAACCAGGUAGUGAGCCAGCAAAACGACCUUUGGAGGACUCGACAGCCUCAGUUGAGACAAAACCGGUGACAAAUGGAAUAGACGAGGCCGGAUCUUGCAAGGCAGAAUCGCAUUCUGUGCGUGAAGAUGAUCGAGACGAGGAGAAAACGCCCUCGACAAAUUCCAUGUCCGAGAAGGACAAAAUUAGCCGAGAUAUGAGUAACGCUGGUUCCCAGUCUGAUCGUUUCGAAACCGUAUCGGAACCGAUAAAGAUCUCCGUGACAACAGAAGACAACUUCAACGCCCUGGUCCGGCAGAUAUUGUAUGAAGCGGAAAGGCGUACACCGAGGCAAAUGUAUGAUAGAUACCUUCUGCCGAUUAUCAAUCAAGAGGAUGAAAACUUGGAUGUUCUCGAUGUGCCCAGGGCGAUAUCUGUGGAAAAUCAGCAUUGUGAAGUCCCCAUGUUACCAAAGAAAACUCCAAAGAUAGCCAAUUACAACGUAUCUUCAUCUGCAUCUGUCUCAACCGGAGGUCAGCGAUCGAGGACCGAAAAUAUGAAAGUUGACAAUGAGAUGUCGGAAGGGCAGACUAUCAGUUAUCCAGAAUGGCCUGCUAUGGUUGAUUGUGAUGCCACCGGACGCUACGCUGACUACGAUGAACAAACGGGAGAGGUGCUGCGAUAUUUUGUGGUAUUUUUGGAUCCGAAAACGCCCACACGACAACGAAUUCAACCGCAUAAAAUCAGAAAGUUCGUUUCUGGUGAUGAAGUGAAACAAACGCGUACAUGGGCUCGACACUACACUCGUUUAUUCCUGGCCGCCAAGGAGGCCGAAAAUGCUUUAACUCUGUCUUUGGAGGUCAAGGCUAAAGGAUUGUGGGUUUUGGCUAAAGGAUUACGGGUCGAGGCUAAAGGAUUGCGGGUUUUGGCUAAAGAUUGA